AUGCUCGCUGCUCUCGCACUGCUCGGUCUCGCCGCCACGCCCGCGCUUGGAAUCAGCAUAAGCCUCAUCCUCCCUGACGAGAACGUCUGGACUCAGAUGAACUACACCAUCACUGUGCCCCCUCCGGUGCCCUCAGGUGUGACACAGGGUCCUUGGUGGUACACCGCUGGCCUUCAGGCACCUGGUGGCAUGCUUGCGCCGGGGUUGCAGUGGGGGGAGGAUUCUGCUGCUGGCUUUGUUAACCCCAACGUCACAUUCCCGAAAGUUUGGUCCAUGGUUCUUUGGACGCUGUGUGCUAACGACAAGACCGACUGUCACGAUGCGAUCAGCCAGGGUGUUUACGCGGACCUAGGUGCCAAGAUUCGGAACACGGCUGUGUAUGACAAUGGCUUCUGGACCCAGCAGGCUGAAGUCAUCUCUGGUGGUGGUCGGGGCGCAUCAGUCAACCAGACGAUCAGUGCUGCUUCGUACUUCGACACGCAAACUUUGCCAGCGCCUGGCACUUCGUUUUUCCUUCUCGAGUCUGCCAUUACUGGCCCUCAGUCCAGCGCCUGGAAUUUCAACGUCACCUUCACCGACAUCUCCCUCACCGCGCAGAAUAGUACCGGCGUAGCAUCCCUUUGCGGAGGGCAAACUUCGACCACGGACGGGAAUGGAUUUAUCACCAUUAAUGGGUUUGAAAUGUCAAGUGACGGCCUCACCUGCCACUGGGACAGCAUGAUUCUCUCUCCUUGA